AUGGGAAAUCGUACUCCUAGAAAAAGUAAUGCUGAAUCUUUUAUGAGUGAUUAUGAUGAUGUUGAUAUUGAAAAUGAAACAGGAAACAAACAAGAUCCUCGAUGGUUCUCUAUUUCACGUGCUUAUGUUGACCAUGAUCAUAUGGGGGGAUAUGAUUAUGAUGGGAAAAAUAGUCCUUAUGGGAUUUCCUUUAGGAGCCAUGAUUAUAAUAGUAAUCUUAGUCAGUAUCUUCAAAGUUAUGUGGAGGAGGGGUACGAGGCUGAUGAGGAUGAAGUUGUAGCACCAAAAAGCAUCGGGGUUUUUGGGUUGUUUAAGUAUUUGACAAAAUUUGAUAUGUUUCUUGUAGUAAUAGGGUGUUUGGGUGCUUUGAUAAACGAAGGGUCUUUACCAUGGUACUCUUAUCUUUUUGGAAAUUUUGUCAAUAAAAUUGCAUUAGAUAACGACAAGGACCAAAUGAUAAAAGAUGUCAGAAAGGUAUGUGUGCUAAUGGCGGGGUUAGCAGGAAUAGUGGUGUUUGGAGCCUAUUUACAUAAGUUUCUUUGUGUCAUAGGAUCUUUUUAUCAAGAUGUUAGCUUCUUUGACACAGACAUUAAUACUAGUGACAUCAUGCAUGGAAUCUCAAGUGAUGUUGCUCAAAUCCAAGAAGUUAUGGGGGACAAGAUGGCACACUUCAUUUAUCACAUAUUUACCUUCAUAUGUGGCUACACAGUUGGAUUCUUAAAAUCUUGGAAGGUUUCUUUAGCAGUUCUUGCUGUGACUCCAUUAACAAUGUUCUGUGGCGUUGCCUAUAAAGCAGUCUAUGUCGGCCUUGCUACAAAAGAAGUGAAUUCUUACAAAAAAGCCGGAAGCAUAGCAGAACAAGCCAUAAGUUCAAUCAAAACUGUGUUUUGUUUUGUAGCAGAAGAGAAUUUAUCAGCAAGAUAUGAUGCAGUAUUGGAUGAAUCAGUUCCGGUAGGAAAAAAACUGGGUUUUGCAAAGGGUAUAGGAAUUGGUGUGAUAUAUUUAGUUACUUAUUCAACAUGGGCAUUAGCUUUCUGGUAUGGAUCUAUUUUGGUCUCAAGAAACGAGUUAUCAGGUGGUGCAGCCAUGCUUGCUUCUUUGGUGUCAAUGGGAUUGUCGUUAUCUUUAUCAUAUUUGGCUCAAUUUGCACAAGGGACAGUAGCAGCUAGUAGAGUGUUUGAAGUUAUAGAUAGAAUCCCAGCCAUUGAUCCUUAUAGUACCUUAGGAAGAAAGCUUGAUAAUGUUCGUGGAAAAGUAGAGCUUUGA